GUAUUUACCAAGUUUAUAACUUAGCACUAACAGCGCGGCUUACGUGGGCGAUGACUCACAUUCGGAGAUCGCCCACGUACCUAGGACACUUCCAUAGGUAUCAAAGGAUUGAAUUCAUACGCGCCGCGCUGCGCCGCGCCACGCUGCGCCGCUUCGCGUUCGCGAGUUAUUCGCUCAGAAUGGCUGCCGACAACUUGAGGCUUCAAGUUUUGUGCCUAUUGAUAGCAGUCAUUGCAGUUACAAAAGCAUACGAUAACUUUUAUGAAUUUGGCAAUUAUUCAAUAGGAGAAGAAUAUAUUCGAAAACAGGGAAGCAUUCCAGCAUUUUAUUACCGGCUUGAUGUCUUAGUUUCUGAACUGGAGAAUAAGUUGGUCACAGGUGUCAAAGUAGUCGUAAGCGGGCCCGCAACUCCAAGAGUGUCAUAUAGCAGACCGUGGGUCUACAUCCAGUACCACUUUCCGCAAUGGACCGAUCUCACAAAAUGGGAGAGGUAGAGUCAUUAAGAUACCAUGGUAAAAUACCACCAUUCCGUUCUGAACUUACGGUGAACGUUACACAUGACCGCGCCGAUCUUGAAAGCAGCUACACUUAUUUAAGCGUCGUGACCACGGGACUAGUUGUUAUCAGUAAUCCCAUCGUCAUAUUUGAUCCAACUACAAACAUUUUGAAAUUACAUAUCAAAUAUCCUUUAUUUGCGAUGCAAUUCUUUGCGAACGGCUUUUCUAUGCCAUUAAAACCAGGACUCCGGUUUCCUACCAGGAUAAAUGAAAAUGAUUUUCAAGAACCUCUGAAAAACAAUUUCACUGUUUUGUCACACUUUUGCGUGCUGUGUUCUCAAUGUUGCGUGCAUUAUAAUAAUCUUACCCGCAAACGAAUCUUUUACGUUGUUCGAGUGUAAAAUAAUCAUCUUUUACUUUCAUAGCACAUAAUCUUGCUCAAUACUAUGUAAAAAAUUAGAAAAGUUGAAUAAAAAAUCUUUUAUGCUCA